AUGCUAUAUCUUAAGAAUCGUUCCUUUUUCUACACCUUAGGGCACAAUGAAUCUAUUUCUCAGACUAACGGUCAACUAAGCAGUCAUCAGCGAGUGACCCGAAACGCCCCAUUAAACUCAAGCUCCAGUGUUUCACCUCCUAAACGUCCUACCUCCCUGCCUUCUACAGAGCUUACCCGUCAAACUAGCAACCCUUCCUCGAAUUCUUCAGAAUCAUCAGCUUCAGCUUCUGCUCCCUCCUGCACAUUUAAUCAGCAGACUCAGUAUCAUUUUCGUGCCCAACAGCACCAACUCCAAUCAUCUCAUUUACAACACCAGCAGCCGAUUCUGAAGGUCACUUCUAUUCCGGACCAGACCGGUUCAUUACCCAGCAUGGUUGGCGCUGCCUCGAGCAUGCUUGGCCUGCUCAAAGGCAGCGCAGGUAACCUUAUGCGUAAUCUGAAGGAGGCAUCUACACGCGUUCUAGAAUCUGCCUCCGCGUAA